CAACUUCCUCCUGGUAAGCGAAGAUGGCGACGUCUGGGCGGCAGCGUGCAAAAGCGGGAGGACCCGUCCCUCAGCUAGGAUACACGGCUAUCCCUGUUAAGUUUUCUGAAAAACGUCAGUCGCCUCACUACCUCUAUGUGAAGGAACACAAAGUCAGAGAGGACACAGAUCCAAGCAGGCCUCAAAACUGUACUCUUUUUGUCCUGAAUGUCCCCCCAUAUUGUACAGAGGAAUGUUUGUCAAAGCUGUUCUCUCGCUUCUGCUCUGUACAGUCUGUGGAGAUGUGUGAAAAGCCAAGGCUGGGAGAAAAGUCAGAAGCCCCCAAGUCCAAGUUCUUCAAUUCUAAGAAGCCUUUGGGAUUCCAAGUCGCUUAUGUGAUAUUCAAGAGUCCUGCUGGGGUGCAGGCUGCCAAAUCUUUUUCAGCGCAAGAACCCCUAGUGAUAUCUUCAAGCACGCAUCCUCUCCAAACUGGUAUUCAUAAAUGGAUUGACAGAUAUGCCACUUCAAUUGUGGAUCCUGCUGAGCUGAAGACAGAGGUGGAUGCAUUCAUGCUAGCCUAUGACCAAAAGGUUGCAAAGGAAGAAGCCAAAGCUGAAGAGGAGGAUGGUAUCCCAGAUGAGGAAGGGUGGGUGAAGGUCACAAGGAAAGGUCGAAGGCCUGGACUCCCACGGACAGAGGCGGCCAACUUGCGGGCCCUGGAGAGGGAGAAGCGCAAGAGAGCGCGCAAGGAGCUGCUCAACUUCUAUGCUUGGCAGCAUCGUGACACCAAGAGGGAACACAUAGCUCAGCUGAGGAAGAAAUUUGAAGAGGACAAGCAGAAAAUUGCACUUAUGCGGGCUCAGCGAAAGUUUCGGCCCUUCUGAGUUGCAGAAUCUGCAGUUGUUCCCAAAUGAACAGUAGCCACAGUAAGAAGUGCACAGACAGCAUGGUUUUCCUGGGGCUUUGGGGGAGUCAACCUUGUUACCUGCUUACCCACCAUUAUUAAUAAUCUCCUGGAUUGUGACAGACGAAGCAGCUGGAGGGUUUGCUAAGAUUGUGUGUAAUGGUGAUAGUUCACUAGUGGAUAUCCUUGUAUGACAGACUGCAAACAAAUCCCUGACACAACCUUGAUUUCACUCCAUGGCGUCUGGUGUAAGGACAUCUGAGGCAGUUUUCUGGGUGAAGCAGAUGUGUGGCUUCAAUUGUAAAUAAAAUUUUCUAUGUGCUCUCUA